GCGCAGUGUGUUUAGUGGACGGUGCGGCGUGGGCGGCUGAGGUCUCUGCCUGGACACGCACGAUCCUACACACGAUCACGUGAUGACAGCCUCUCUAGAUCCGAGCUACCCCAGCCAUUCAACGCAAAGUUCUAGUAUUUGAGGAGAAUGAGGACAAGGUUCGUGCAAUGCGCAAAGGCUUCAUGAUGAUCGACAUCCACAAGACCGGUUCCAUCGAAACCUCGAAGAUCGCGGAGGCUCUCAACAAGAUGGGACUUGAGAUGUUCGACGAGGAGAAGUUGGAGGAACUCAUUGAUGAGGUCGACGUUGACGAAACCGGCAAAGUCGACUUCGAUCAGUUCUGCCAGAUCGUGGGCACCUUCCUGGAAGAGGAGGAUGCGGAAGCGAUGCAGGCGGAACUGAAGGAGGCCUUCAGACUGUACGACAAGGAGGGUAACGGGUACAUUACAACCAAAGUCCUGAGGGAGAUCCUGGCUGCCCUGGAUGACGCUCUCAAGCCAGAGGACUUGGACGGGAUGAUUGCUGAGAUCGACACUGAUGGGUCUGGAACCGUAGACUUUGAAGAGUUUAUGGAGAUGAUGACCGGGGAGUAACCCUAACUCUGAGGACCGCCCCCACACUCUGCGCCAUUCCACCGCUGCCCGAAACCUCAUACAUGUAUGAGGAACCUUGUCCAAACUCAAUAAAAAAUAAAACUAUA